UCAACGUCAUACUAAUUGCUUAAACCCUAAGGUAAUUGCAACCGUUCUUGAUCGCCAAGGAAUACUAAGCCAACUCUCUUUUAUAAAUACCUCCGCUGCCGAUUACCCUAUUCCUCAUCCCUUCUCCGCCGCGCUCCGCCGUCUAGUAUCAUGUUGAAUUUCAAGGAAAUGGCCGUACCCCAAUCGGCCUCCGCCGUCUUUUCCGCCUACGCCUCCUUCGCCACCACUAUGAUGCUUGUUCGUUCUAUAACCAGCGAGCUACUCCCACCCAAGAUUAUCUCCUUCUUCCAUUCAAUUUUCUUCUAUUUUUUCGGCUCUGUUUCGUUUCAGGUCAAGAUUAUAAUCGAAGAGAAUUGUGGGUUUAGCCCUAACCAGAUCUUCCAAGCGGCGGAGGUUUAUCUCCGUACGAAAAUCAGCCCCUCCACCGAGACUCUCAAGGCCCACAAAACCUCUCGCCAGAAGAAAAUCACGCUCUCCAUCGAUAAGGGUCAAGAAAUCGUCGACCACUUCGACAACAUUCGGCUCCAAUGGCGAUUUGUUUGUUCCCAUGAUGAACAAAAUGGUGGGGGAAACAAAGAGAAGCGCCAUUUUGAGCUUGUGUUCCCCAAGAAAUUUAGGGACAGAGUUGUGGAGUCCUAUUUGCCUUAUGUGUUGAAAAGGGCUAAGGAGAUUAAAGAAGAGGAUAAAGUUGUUAAGAUCUUUAGCCAGGAAUGUCAGUAUGAUGAGGACGGCGGGAGCGGGAAUUGGGGGUCUAUUAAUCUUGACCAUCCUUCCACGUUCGAGACGCUCGCCAUGGACCCUGACUUGAAACAAUCCAUUAUCGAUGAUUUGGAUCGGUUCGUUAAUCGCCGGGAGUUUUACAAAAAAGUGGGGAAGGCUUGGAAGAGAGGCUAUUUGUUGUAUGGUCCUCCUGGUACAGGGAAAUCGAGCUUAAUUGCCGCCAUGGCUAAUUACCUCAAGUUUGAUAUCUACGAUUUGGACCUCUCUUACAUUUACAGCAAUGGUGAUCUGAGAAGGGUUUUGUUAUCCACCACGAAUCGGUCGAUUCUGGUGAUUGAGGAUAUCGAUUGUAGCGUGGAGAUACAGAAUCGGGAGAACGAAGAACAUUAUGAUCAAUCCAACGGGAAGUUUACUUUAUCGGGGAUGUUGAAUUUCAUUGACGGAUUAUGGUCGAGUUGUGGGGAUGAAAGAAUCAUUAUCUUCACGACGAAUCAUAAGGAACGAUUGGAUCCAGCUCUGCUUCGACCAGGUCGAAUGGAUGUUCAUAUAAACAUGUCGUAUUGUACUCCUCAUGGGUUCAGGGUAUUGGUGACGAAUUACCUCGGCGAGGAAGCGGAUAAGCAUGAUUUGUGCAGAGAAAUUGAAGAGCUAAUCGGAGAAAUGGAAGUGUCUCCGGCGGAGAUUGCGGAGGCGCUGAUGAAGAACGACGACGCCGAUGUUGUUCUUCAAAGCCUUGUUGAGUUUCUGAAAUGUAAGAGGGAAGAACAGAGGAAGAAGGAGGAGGAGACGGCGGCGAGCGAGAAGAAUGAAGAGGAGGAGGAGGAAGAGGAAGAAGAAGAACCCAAAAGAAAGAGACACAAAAGGGGUGUUAGGUUAAGAAUUGGGCGCGGGCGUGGGCGUGGGCGUGGGCGUGGGCGUGGAUUGAUGUGAAAGGGGAUUGCAUUAGCCAUUGACGGAAACAGAGGAAGCCCUGUUUACUGUGGAAGGGUUGGUUCGGCGGCGGAGGCCGAGUUGACUCGGUGGGGCUGAGUUGAGUGAUUUGGGGAAUUGCCUGUUUUUGUUUGUUUUAUUAUUUACAGACACAGGAUUUGCAGAA